GUUUACUGUCGCUAUUUCCCCCACACUCCAUAUUCUUACUCGCAUCUGACUGAUGCAUAGUCACAUUAUUCCCAACAUGAGGAAGCCAUGCCUCUUGCUCAGGCAGCCCCUACGCUUAACCGUCCCCUUCCCCUGUUAUGACCUCCCUCUCAGAGCCAGCCAGCCAUUUCUUCCCCGUCGAAUUUAUCGAGUAUUUUCUUUGACUAGAUACAGAGGAACAGGACCUGCCAAGAAAACCACUCGUGUCAUUUACGAACCCAUUGAAGAUGUGGAAAGAAUGGAAUAUUAUGAAGCUGGGGGCUAUCAUCCAGUUACAAUCGGGGACUGUUUCCACCAUCGCUAUCGGGUAGUUCAUAAACUUGGCCAUGGUACAUACUCGACCAUUUGGCUGGCCCGCGAUAAAGUUUCCAAGAGAUAUGUUGCAUUGAAAAUCUGUACAGCGGAUUCGAACACCCCCGAAAACAGCGUGCUGUCCAGACUGUCGCAACCCCAGCAAUCGUCACGCUUAGACCGAGAUUUGUUCCCUACAAUUUCAGACAUCUUCAACAUACAAGGCCCCAAUGGCAACCACACCUGCUAUGUCACCAGACCAGCACGAAUGAGCCUGUCAGACGCAAAGAAUGGAUCAUGGAUCAGUCUCUUUCAGCUUGAGGUAUCCCGAGCGAUAGUAGCGCAGCUUAUAAUUGCUGUUCAGUACACCCACUCCCAAGGUAUCGUCCAUAGGGACCUUCACCGUGGGAAUAUUCUACUUCGGCUUUGCCGUGACUUUGACAAACUUUCGACUGACAUGCUGUACGAAAAGUAUGGAGAACCGGUAUUGGAGCCAGUAAAUCGAUUAGAUGGUCAAAAGAUUCCGCCAGAGGUGCCACAAUAUGGUGUAGUACCUAUAUGGCUCGGAGCUGUAAGUGAGGAUGUGACGCUCCCAGAAGCCAAGAUUUGUCUUUCAGACUUUGGCGAAGCAUUCUGUCCCACUCACGAACAAAAAAUCGAGUCUCAUACACCUCUGCUGGUCCGUCCCCCGGAGGCCCGGUUUGAGCCAACCCAGCCUCUGACCUUUUCGUCUGAUAUAUGGACACUUGCCUGCACCAUCUGGGAUAUUAUGGGACAAAGAACACUAUUUGAAGGCCUCCUUACAAAUGAUGACGACAUGACUAGCCAACAAGUUGACCUACUUGGCCCGCUGCCCCCCGAGUGGCUCACUAAAUGGAAAGAAAUUCGAAAGAAGGAUAGCAAGUCGACUCACCAACCUCCCACAUCUCCGACUCAGUCAUGGGAGGAUCGAUUCGAACAACACAUGCAGCGGUCGCGGAUACGGGAGGGAAUGCCACCUUUUGAAUUAAAAGAACGCGAUGCUUUUAUUUUGAUGUUACGCUCUAUGCUUCGCUUCAGGCCGGAAGAUCGCCCUUCUGCUCAACAGGUCCUUGAGUCGGAAUGGAUGGUGAAAUGGGCAUUGCCUGAAUAUGAGAAGAUUCGCAAUACUGCUUAGGAGCAAAAGGUGGAAUCGUACUCUCAAUACUUGCUGCUUAGGUGAAGUGAUGGACACUGAUAUUAGAGUAGAAAGGCUAUGGUAACUAUGACUUCUAUAUAUAAGGAAGGAACUAU